AUGGCAGACUCAUCUUCAUCAUUUCUUGUUGGCUUUGAUAAUCCUCAACCAGAACAUCUUCCAGAACAAAAUGAUGAAAUACCAAGAGAUAUAUCUGUAGUACCUGAUAUUCAUAUUGAAGAAAAUACUCAAACAAUAACAGAAAUUGAAAACAAAAGAAGAGAAAUUCAAAAUAAAAUCAAAGAAGAGGUUCAACUUCUUUGUUAUCCAAAAGGUAUUUCACAAAGUGAGACUUGCAAAAUAAAAGAAAGUUAUUUAGAACAUUGUAAAGAGUUAAAUGAAUUAACUAUUAGUUACAAUGCAAACACUGAUGGAAUGACAAAGAAAAAAGAAAAAAGAAAAGAUUGUAUUUUAGUUGCAAAAACAAAUGAAAGGUUUGUUGAUGUAUUUUGUGGUAAAGUGGUUAAAUUAUUCUUAGAUACUCUAAAAGGGUAUCGUAUAGAUUUUCCACAUCUCCAAUAUUGUAAUAUAGAAAAUUCAACAAGAAAUACAUACGAACAACUUUUUGGACAAAAAGAUUUUGGUAUAUUUUGUGUUACUAAACAAGCAAAUGUAUUUGGUAUAUUCUUUCAUUCUGUUAAAUCACUUAAUGAACAGACUUAUGGUUGUUAUGAGUCUGCUUUAUUCAUUAUAAGAAGAAAUGGAAUGAAAGAAUAUAUUCCAAAAGUAAGUAAAAGAGCAAAUGAUAUUGAAAUUGUAUUUGGGAAUAAUGAGAAUGAUGAAUUGUUGAUAACAGUCAUUAAUAGUAUUGGAGAUUCAGUACAAUUUUUUAAUAACAGAUUCAACAUUGUUGGUGAUAUUCAUAACAUGUUUAAUGAAGUAGAAUGUAAUGAUAUGUUAUUAAGUAGAAAUAGCAACAAUGAAUAUCAAGAAGAAAUAACUGAAUUAAAAGUUAUGAAAAUUAAAUAA